GCUCCAUCAUCACCUUCUUCACCCAUAGCUAAUGAACCAAAAUAUGAAAAGCGCUGGCAAGACACCUUAUCACUUCCUCUAUCAAUGGCUCGAAUCUCAAGGUACAAAGCUGGAACCGAUAAAUUAAGAUCUAAUGCAUUUGAAGUGCUGGCACUUGAUGGAGUUAGUACUGGGAUACUUCAGUUUUAUACAGCCCAGGAGAGUGCUGACUGGCUGAGAGCAAUAUCAACUAACAUCAGUGAUUUGACACUUCAAAAUAUGAAAAUGGCAAAUAAAUGCUGCUCUCCCUCAGACCAGGUCAUACAUAUGGGAUGGGUAAAUGAGAGACUUGAAGGAACUGAUUCAUCUCAGCUUUACAAAUUCAAGUUUCUGGCACUGAAGGGCUCAUCCUUCUACAUUUUCAGCACUCCACCGGUAAGCACACUAGACUGGAUACGAGCUGAAAAAAUCUAUAACCUUUGUGAGGUUCUAUUUAAAAUUCACAAGCUCUGGCUUGCUGAUGAUUGCUGGCUACAAGCAAACUUGUAUUUAGGUAUUCAUCAGGACUUUGAUCUUGAAGACCAGAGGCCAUAUUGUUUCAGUGUUAUGGUUGGACAUGGCAAGAGUCAUUAUUUCAAUGUAGAGCUGGGCAGCGAGUUGGCAGUAUGGGAGAAAUCAUUUCAAAGAGCAAUUUUCUUGGAAGUUCAAAGAACAGGGUCUAAAACAUACAUGUGCAGUUGGCAAGGGGAUAGUCUGUGUUUCACAGUUGACUUUGCUCUGGGAUUUACCUGUUUUGACAGUAAAACAAAGAACGUACUGUGGAGGUUUAAGUUCUCUCAGCUCAAAGGGUCUUCAGAUGAUGGGAAAACAAGAGUAAAGCUACUGUUUCAAAAUCUAGACACCAAACAAAUUGAGACAAAGGAGCUUGAAUUUCAGGAUCUGACGGCAGUUUUACACUGUAUUCACUCCUUUAUAGCAGCAAAAGUGGCAUCUGUGGAUCCAGUAUUCAUAGACAGUCAGAGUAUUGCAAGAAAAUAUAUGUACAGUAACUGA